AGAAAAACUAUUUUUUUGAGUUUUCAUUCUUUUUUGGCAUUAUGUAAGAUCAUAGAUCAAGCAAUGUUUAACGUUGGAUUCCACAAGCAAGUUGAGGAAUUCUUGAUUCAAAUGACAAGUUGGGCAAGAUUUUCUGUAAUGAGCAGGUCUCAAAUAAGACAGAGAUAAUUGGGACAACGGACAGUGGACAGUGACAUUUGCCAUUAACUCUGUCCAUAUUUGCAAAUUACUGAAUUAUUCUCUGUAUACAUAUCAGUCACUUUCUUUGUCUUAAUAACUGCACUUAACUGAUAUAUCACGUAAUGAAAUAUGAUUGAAUUAUGUAGAUAAUGAGUCUGAGAUUCAAAAUCUUGAAAGUGGAUAGUCUGUACACUCCAUCUUUUAGUUACCAUGUUUGUGGUCAAAAAUCAUCUUGAAAGAAAAGCCCAAAAUUGUGCACUUAAAACUUCCACUGGUUUGAACUUUGUAGAUGCAUGAUUCAUGUGCUAGAUUUUUGUAUGGAAAAUUUUGCAAUCUUGAUUUGGCUGACAUUUGCAGUUAAAAUUUAUUAUAAGAGGGGCCACAGAUCUUCUUUUAGCAUGUUGGACAAAUGGUUACCCCACUUCUCAUGUAUUCAAUGGUUUACCUUUUCAAGGAACUCACAGAAGCAGUCACACACCAUGUUGGAAGAUAGACACAAAGUUAACCAAGACUUGUUUGCUAGCUCUUGGAUUAAAAUGAUUGAAUUGUUUCAUUUUUUGAAAAGUGGGAAAAUUUGAUUGAAGACAUCAACGGUAAAGAUUCUUUCCACACUUUCACUCAUGAUUUGUGGUUUUGUAGGUUUUUGUGACAGAGGCCUAUGAACUUGGAGGUAUUUUUCCCACUCACUUUCUUGUACCCUACGUGGUCCUUGGUUUUUCUUGAAUUGCAAGAGAAAAAGAUUACCGGGGUUUUUACACUUUUAGAGGGGUUUGGGGGAGCCAAGAUUGUUGGAGAGACUGUGGUAUUAAUUUCUGCACAACACGGAACUGGCUGCUGAGUGGGGGAUAAGUUUCUUAGCAAUUCUUGAAACUGUGUGUUCUAAGGACAAGUUUGAUUUAAGGGUUUCAAAAUUUUCAGUCAACGUAAAGGUUAAGUUCAUAGAUGCUGGAAAAUCGAUUCGGCUGGAGCGAACCUGCAGAAAAGCUGAUUUUGCCAUCGUUCAUUCUUCAGUGUCUGGUUUGUUUCGGAGGUGAACAACGAGCAGUUGCACGGCUUCAGGACUUCAUAGAAACCUUGGAUAUAUGAAAUCUCCAAAGAGUUGAAUUCUUGUUUCACGGAGCGUUGCUGUUAUAUGCAUUAGACUGCCAUGUUCCACUAAAACAGUAACUUUUAUUCUGAAAAAACUUUGGAUUCAGUCUUAGUUACUGAAUUUUCCGUACAAGAAUGUCAUUGUGUUUCAAAUCCUUCAAUUAUCCAUCAAAUAUAAGCUGUUGUCUUAGUAAACAUACAAGCCAGAGCCAAGGAAAGAAAAAUCCAGCUCUGCUGAGACUUCCGUCAUCCAUCAUCCCACCAGCAGAAGGAAGUGAUAAUCCAGCUGACAGCAAUAGAAGUCCCUUGUCAAACAUAUCAUCAUUAGAUAGAAGUUUUAGCAUUCAGCAAGACAACAGUAUUGGGAUAAUUGGAGGUGUUUCUGCUACUUCCAGUCUGAAUUUUGCCAAAAAGUUGGUGAAGUUAAAUUUGAAGGACGAAGACUCUGGCCCUCCUUUUGUCCUUUGUUCAGAUCCAUCACUAAGCAAGGAAUUCUUAUCUCUUGAAAAAAGUUCCUCUGCUUUCCUUUCUGGUAAAACCGAAGGCUUAUAUACUGAUCACAGUUUGUUAGUGGAAAAUUUAAGAAGUAAACGAGUUUUUCUUGAAAACUCUGGAGUCUGUUGCACUGUGAUGCCGUGCCAUAUAUUACAUUCUUGGCAUGACGAGAUUAAAGAGGGAUGUUCUGUUCCUUUUCUUAAUGUGGGUGAAUGUGUGGCCAAGGAACUCAAGGAAGCCAAGUUGAGGCCAUUAGAAGCUGGAAGCCCUCCGCGUAUUGGUGUUCUGGCCACCAACGGAACUUUGGUGGGUAGAUUUUAUCAGGAGAAACUUGAAAAUGAGGGUUUUGAGGUUGUACUGCCAGAUAAAGCAACUGUGGAACACACUGUGAUCCCUGCAGUGGAAGCUUUGAAGAGGAAAGACUUUGAAGGAGCACAGAAUUUGUUCAGAAUUGCCCUGCAAGUUCUGCUGGUGAGAGCUGUGAACACAGUAAUCCUUGCUUCUGAUGAAUUACAGGAACUUCUCCCAACGGAUGAUCCUUUGUGGGGAAAAUGCAUAAAUCCAAUGGAUGCUUUAGCCCGAUCAUCAAUCAAGUGUGCUCAAUCAGCAAGGAGAGGCAACUAAAGAAAGCCUAAGAAGUCCAGGUUCCCACUCAAUUCUGCAUUUUGUUAGUAAAUUUUGUUUCUUGAUGAAUUAAGAAAACCAUCCCCUUGCUUAAGGGAUUUGUAGAUAUGCAUCUAUGCAAGCAACAACAGUCAAAUUUGAACAACUGGAGAUGAAACAUCAUCUAGAGUUGGAAUAUUGAAGCAAA